AACAAAAAAAAGAAACAAAAUAAAAGGAAAAAACAUGGAAGCUUUAUUGUGUAAGAAAUUGGGUGAUCCAGCAUCAGCCUCAGUCGGAAAUGAAUCGGAAUCGUCUUCGUCGCCCAUUGAGGUCAUCAGAAACUAUCCCAUCCCACAAUUAAACUCUCCAACUGCCGUGAGAGUCAAAGUGAAAGCCACCAGCUUGAACUAUGCCAAUUACCUUCAGAUUUUGGGCAAGUACCAAGAGAAGCCUCCCCUCCCUUUCAUUCCUGGCUCCGAUUAUGCUGGCACUGUUGACGCCGUCGGCCCCGCCGUCACCAAUUUCAAGGUGGGCGACCACGUCUGCUCCUUCGCCGCCCUAGGCUCCUUCGCCUCCUUCAUCGUCCAAGACCAAUCCCUCCUGUUUGGGUUGCCCAAAGGGUGUGAUUUGGUGGCAGCUGCUGCACUCCCUGUCGCCUUUGGGACCUCGCACGUAGCUCUUGUUCACAGGGCUAGCUUGUCCUCUUCCCAGGUAUUGCUAGUUCUUGGUGCCGCUGGAGGCGUUGGUUUUUCUGCUGUUCAAAUUGGCAAGGUUUGCGGUGCAGUUGUCAUUGCUGCUGCCAGGGGAGCUGAAAAGGUGCAAUUUUUGAAGUCCUUGGGUGCUGAUCAUGUGGUGGACUUGACUAGUCAAAAUCUAACUGCAAGUGUCAAGGGGUUCCUCAAGUCAAGGAAAUUAAAAGGGGUUGAUGUUCUUUAUGAUCCUGUUGGUGGCAAGCUUACUAAAGAAAGUAUGAAGCUCUUGAAUUGGGGUGCUCAAAUUCUUGUCAUUGGUUUUGCCAGUGGUGAAAUCCCCGUCAUCCCAGCUAAUAUCACUCUUGUUAAGAACUGGACUGUGCACGGACUCUACUGGGGUAGCUACUCAAUACAUCGACCAGCUGUGCUCGAGGAUUCCAUCCAAGAGUUACUCUCCUGGAUGGAAAAGGGAUUGAUUACCAUUCACAUUUCUCAUACUUACAGCAUAUCAGAGGCCAACCUUGCAUUCUCUGCACUGAGAGAUAGAAAAGCCAUAGGGAAAGUGAUGAUUGUAUUUGAUGAUAUGGGAAGGUCUAAGCUCUAAGCGAUUAGGAUUUAACUGGGAGGAGAUAUGCAUUCCUUGCUCAAGCGCCGAAUCUAGAAAUAAUAUAAUAUGGAAAAUAAUGAGGAUGUCAAUGGAUGGCACUUCUUUGUUUACUUUCAGGAUGCAGAUGAUUGGCAUGUAAGGUGUUGAAAAUAUGGAAAAUAAUGAGGGUGUCAAUGGAUGCACUUUGUUUACCUUCAGUUUUGUACUUGCGUUGCGUUUUUAUUAUUUGUAAUAUGCUUGUAAUAUGCUAGAGUACACUAGAGGUGUUCUUGGGAAUGAUAGUAAUACAUAAUCUGGAAUAUAGAUUUAAAAUUUUAUUUAAA